GAUAGCACUCAGCUCGAGGAUGGCGACUGAGUUAGCAGAAACCAUGCACUCCGGCGACUCGGUACCCGCUGCCAAAGCCGCUGUCCUCCUCGUCAUCGGGGAACCCGUUUCUAAUGGACAUAAGGAUUUGAUCUUAGGCGAAAUAUCUAAAGGCUUCCUGAGCUGGGAUUUGGAAGGGACAGGUGUGGACAUCAAUGAGGAACUUGCUUCCAUCGCAAAUGCCGCAAACGCUGGUGAAGAGGGACCUGAAGCUCCUCACUAUGGAAUACUGAAGGGUGGAGAACGGGUGAUCCGGCGCUCCUCACCUGACGUCCAGGUAGAAAUUCUGGUCAAUCCUCAGACUGGCACAGUCAAAAUGGGCCUCAAGACCUUUCUUACAACACCUUCGCAACACAAACAUCUGAUCUACGCUGGCCAUGGAUUCCAGGGAUCCGGCGCUUGGGUCCUGCAAGACGAUAUCUUCACAUUCACAAAGUUUGUGCAAGUCUUCCGUGAUCCAGAUGUGGAAAAUGCACUGAAACAGCAACAAGGUGGAUCUCUGACCAUCCAUUGUUUUGCUGAUGGUGAAUGGAGCAAUGGCAGUUUUGCCAAACAGGACUUUGGGAAGAUUUUGAAGGUUUCUGUUAAUCCAGAAGGAAAGCUCUCUGACACAAAUGGUAUCCUUAGAUUUGUCACUUUUGUCAGUAACUUUGUGGAGGGGCGAUCACUCAAUAAGCUGCUACAAGCUUCAGAUGUUGUUGGCAAUAUUAGAUUUAGUAAGCCUACCCUGUAUGUCUUUCCUGGUUGCCAGGGCGAUUCAGCUUUGUUUGGCAUAAGCGGUUUUAACCUGCUUAUAAAUGGAGGCUACAAUAGAAAGGCAUGCUUCUGGGAUUUUACUCGCCACCUUGAUAGAAUUGAUGCUAUGCUCCUCACUCACCUUGGCCCUGAUAAUCUCUUUGGUAUUGGCUCUGUCUUGGAGCGUAAAGCUGUUGAGAAUGUACAUCCAGAGAUCGGGUAUGUGUACCUGAAUGCUGGUGAGAAGACCAAGCACUCCCCUAAUGGGGACUUGGCACCAGAAGAAGGAGGGCUACUGAAAUCAUCGACUUUGAAGAUCAAUCUUGGGGAAGAAUGCAGUAGGCUGAUAGAAUAUUGUAAACAGAUAGGUCAGACCCCUCAUCCUUGUACACGUUCUGCUAAAGGUGACACGCUGGAACCAAUAAACCUGUAUCAUAAAGUCGGACAUGGGUCUUUAGAUAUGUACGUCCUGAAUCCAGUCCAGGAUUCCAAGGAAAUUAAGGAGUACUUUCAGCAAUUCAGCAAGCAUGUAGGCCAGUUUGGCUUAAGCCAAGGCCUCCCCUUGCAAAAUGUUCUGUCUACAUGUGUAUUGUUGGUGUGGAAGCCAGCCAAUCCAAAGGAAAAUAUCACACGGAUCUUGUUCCCUGGAAAUGCUCCUCAGAACAAAGUUAUUGAAGGUUUGGAGAAGGUAAAGAAUUUGGAUUUUCUCAAACAUGCCAAAUGUUGUGACAAAGAUCUCCACGCAAAACCGGGAAGGAAAGGUGCUUUAUCAAGCAAAGCUGGGAGACCAGCUUCAGCUAAACCACCAGCUGUAUCUAGUCCAAGAGAAUCCUUGAGGAAAGAAAAGCUGGAGAAAGUGGAAAAGCCUAAAAUGGCUUCAACCUUGAAAGCCAACAAGGGCAUUAAAGAAGACAGUAAUAAAAAAGCAGUGAAAGAAAAGAAGGAAAGGCAGAAACCAGCUAAAAGUGCUGUAACAAAUGGAACAUCUGCUGGCAGUUCAACUCCAUCUGGAACACCUGGAAGAGAUGUGUCCCCACCCUCAGACACAGGAGUUCUACCAGUUCCAGCAAUGGAGGGAAACUUGAUUGAUAUUCAGCCAGAGCCAGCAGUAUCAGAUGAGCCAGCAUCUGCUGGGGGUUCUUCUUUUGCUGAUGAUAGUAAAGCUGAGGCGGAACAAGAUUUUCAAGGUCAGCUUGCAGAACUGUCUGCUGCUCAGCAGCCUAUGGAUGGGAACCUCGAUUCACCAGAACCUCUCCCAGACCCAGCAAAUUAUCAGCCAGACACUGUAUUAAUGCCUGAGAAAGCUGAAGAGACAAUGGCUAUGGUGGAUGAACAAGUUGCCAUGAGCAAGAAGACAAUGGAAGAGCUUGGGAUUUAUGAUGAAGAUGCUGAAUUCCCAGAGGAUGGGGUGCAUGAACUGCAUGAAACAGCUGUUGUAAAUAAUCACGAGGGCAACUUUGAAAAGGCUGAAGAUGAGGAUCCAGAAGAAGAUAUUGGUGCAUUUGAAAAUGACAAUCCUGAAGCUGAGGAAAUUCAACCAGAGGCUUUACCAGAACCCAUUGCCAUACCGGCUUGCUACGGUUCAGAUUCACAUGAAAUUCAUGCAGGGGUUUCAGAUGCGCCAAUGUCUGAAGAGGCAAUAAAGAGCCAAGAUCAACCCGAACAGCAGGCUUUCACUUCAUUCUCUGAAAAUGUUUCUGCAGAGACAGAAGUAAUCCCACAGGAGACUGAAGCAGAAGAGCAAACAAAGCCAACAGAUGAAGCUCAGAGAGAAAUGUUUGACUCUGAGCACACCCCGCCACAUUCACCAGAUAUUCCAGACCACUUCACACCAGAGGCUUCUGAAAUAGAGGACUCACUGAAAGCAGUUGAUACAUCUGUCACAGAAGGAGCACCUACCACAGAACAGACAGAUUUUCUGGGUCGUGAGGAGUGUUAUUCACCAGAAGUUGGAGCAAGUGAAGACAUGUCAGGAAGUGCGAUGAAUAAUUUCGAUUUAGUUUCGGAUCCAUCCAUUGAAGUUCAGGAACCAUCCAUGGAAGGUGAGGAACCAUCCAUUGAAGUUCAGGAACCAUCCAUGGAAGUGCAGGAACCAUCCAUGGAAGGUCAGGAACCAUCCAUAGAAGGUCAGGAACCAUUCAUUGAAGUUCAGGAACCAUCCAUGGAAGGUCAGGAACCAUCCAUAGUAGUUCAGGAACCAUCCAUGGAAGUUCAGGAACCAGUCAAAGAAGAUGAUUAUGCUGAUGAUUUGGAACCUCUGAAGGAGGACCAAACUGUCAGGGAAGAAAUGGAAGCUGCAAAAGAUGAGGAAUCUCUCAAGGAAGAUGAUGUUGUCCCUGAAGAAGAGGAAGAGAUUGGAUUUGAAAAUGAAUAUGAUGAAGGUGAAGCCAUUGAGCAACAGCAUACCACAGGUGUUUGUAACGCUGGAUUUGAAGCAUCAGAAAGUGAGUCUUUUCAAGCAGAACCUGUGGACCAAGCUAUUGCUGACCAGAUGCAGCCCGGACAAAAUCCGUUCGAGAGCACUAGCACUGAAUUGCCACAAGAGCAAACAGAAGAAUCUCUGGGCAUAAAUGAAGACAAGCAGUCUGAUGCUUUUGAAGACAAUGAUAACGCUGAAUCGUCAAUUCCAGCUGCAUUUGAAAAAGAUGAGACCCCAACACGAGCCGAACUGAUCGGUUCUCAAGAUGCUUAUGUUCAAGAGGACACCUCUCUCUAUCCUGAUUCUGAUGAGGCCGUUGAUCCCAGAGUGACAGAUGACCUUCCGAAAAACUUUCAACAGAAGGAGGAAACUGACUCUCUUGAUGGUGAGCCAGACGAUGAGAAAGAUGUUGAUGAAGCUUGUAUUCAGGAAGGCUUGGAAGAGCAGCCAGAGCAGGUUUUGCCUGAAAAUGGUAGUAAGACACUGACUGAAAAUCCGUUUGCAGUGAAUGAUAAAGAACUGGCGGAUAAUGCUGCCGCAGCCCAGAUGGAACAGGGUGGCAUGAACCCAUUCUUUGGCAUUGACGAUUCAGACAAGCAAAUGUCAUUUUCUUCAGAGAAUCCUUUCGCUGACAAUCUGAACCAAGAUGCUGCACAACAACCGUUCAAUCCUUUGAAAGAGUGGGGAGAGCCCAUGGGACUUCCAUCUCCAAUGAUGGAAGAAGCUGCUAGCAACAAGUCUGCUUCAGAUAAAUCGUCUAAGCCUAAGCCCACCAAAUCACUAAAGAAUGGUUCCCCGAAAACAGCAGAUGCUAAAACGGCCAAGAAACCCGACCCAAAGAAAGCUACGCCAUCUAGAGCACCAGCCGACAAGAAAUCCUCGGCAGCUACAAGCAAAACUCAGAAACUUGUCAAUGGCGAAAGCAAGACGUCGAAAUCCCUGUUGUCAGAGAGGAAAACGACGCAGAAAGUCACCAAUACUCUCGAAAAGAAGACACCCAAAGCUUCUUCUCGACCAAUAUCUGCCCCAGCUCGAUCGGAACCUAAAAGGUCUGCUGACAAUGGAGAUGUGUCCAAGGCAAAAGCAACACGUCGGCCGGCCACGGCCUCUGGUAACCGGACUUCUGCGCCGUCUAUCAAGACGAUUCCGUUACCAGCAGUGACACCAUACUACGUCGAUUUGACUUAUAUUCCAGCACAUGGGGACCCAAGCUACAGCGAUGUAGAACUCUUCCGGCGUGUUCGAGCCAGGUACUACGUCCUCAGCGCGCUUUCCCCAACAUCGCAGACGUUAAACUCCCUGAUGGAGGCGAAACGAACAUGGGAGGAUUCCAACCUAGAAGUUACGGUUAUACCCACGUACGAUAAUGAAACGCUGAGACACUGGAUGGGAUUACACAAAGAUGAGCUGAACGAGCUGAAAAUCGAUGUGGCGCCCGCUGCCAGUCGCUGUACAAUACAGCUGGUGGACCAAGAGGCAAGCUGUUCGGCUUACCGCUUGGAGUUCUAAGUAGUCUCUCUCAGAUUCGCUGGACCUUUCUUCCAGUCAGCUAACAUGCCACAAAGAUCAUGCUCCAGCCUUUCCAAUUUUGCUGUGAUUUCCUCUAUAAAGACUGAUCCCUGCGGGGCUGUCGUUUGCCAUCUACCCUUAUUAACUAUAGAGGUUAGCACAUAUCUACCCAAAUGUGCUAGUAUACACAGUAGAGCGUUUCUACACCCAGAAUUGUGGACGGUGAUAUUGCUAGCUGACCUGCGUUGACUUGCGACUGAGAGAAUUCGCUGACCAAGUUAUUGCCAUGGUCAAAAUGAAUGCAUGGGAUACACCAGGCGUAGUUGUAAACCGAAUACGAGCUUUGAAAUGAUACAGCUUUGAUUGUGGGCUUCUUUACUCUGCACAUUUGAUCUUAAAUCCCACUUGGGACAUACAUUUUGUGACCUGACAUUCUAGUAAUGCUUAAGUCCAGUUAUCUGAUGUGGUUUUGUUUGUCUCAUGAUAGGUGUCACUUCUAUGUUACAUCAUAGAGCGCACCUGUGGUGAACAAUAUUUUGGCAUCUGUAUAUGGUAUUACCUUAGUGGGCAUAUUAAGAUUGUAUUCGCCUUCUCAUAUUGUAAAUGUUGUGCAAUUUGUUCUGCUGGUUUCAUAUGUUUCGUGGAGAAAUAUUUCUCCAUUUAUAGUAUUAAUUCUGUUAUUAUUUGAUUUUUUAGGAUAUUUGUGUUUAGCCAUCAUGGGCCCGCCGUCCUGUGUAGGUAUAUUUUUUGUAAAGACAAGUUCUAUUGGUGUUCCCACCUGUGAGCAAUGUCAGCUUUCCAUUUUCAUAAGUCACUGUCUAAUACUGUUGGCAUAUUUUAAAUUUGCUUACAUGUGCUAAAUCCUUUUGUAGUUAAUCUGUUUGUAGGCCAUAUUUGUGUGCAAGGCAGUUUCUGUGUGCAGGUAUUGGGAUCAACUCUACCAAUACGAUAAAACUUGUGUGGAUAAACUCGACGCCUGUGCUAAUUAAGCUAAAAACACGUAUUUCUCCCUAGAUUAGCGCUACUAAACUUAAGAUUUAACUUGGAAAGGUUAUGCUACGGGGCUCGGUCAUUAAGUGUUAGGAAAGAAAGCCGAAGUGUCAAAGUUUGGACAGGCACGUGGGACUCUGUACAGCUGUAUAAACCACAGAGAACUAUUUUGGAUAUGCAUUGUGAUGAUAUUUGUAAUGGGGUUUAUUGGUAUAGUGCCCGAGCUUCAGUCCUCUUUUGGUUGCUCUCAAAUGGUGUUUUGUCUCAGUGAAGUAUAUAACUGACUCCCUGAAUCCACUAAAUGGCGAUUCAGGAUUGUGAAUUACAUGUGUGUAGCAGUAGAGGUCUGCUUAGUGUAGCUUAGAAUGACGUAGUACUGCCUAAAGUACGCUGUUUAUCCAUUCAGUGAAAGGCAAGAGAUGAAAGCCAUGGAUUUGGGAAACAAGCCAGACAGUUUCUCCAUCAACUGGACCAACUGUUGUAAGGUUGAAUAAUCGUCAUUUGAUAACAUGUUUGUGUUUGUUAAAAAAAGCUUUACCCAUGUACUCCUGUGUGUGAAGACACUAAACCGCGUGAUCUUUUCAUAGUACAUAUUGGUGUAUUCAUUAGUAGGCUUUCAUAGUCCAUAUUGGUGUAUUCAUUAGUAGGCUUGUUGCAAUGGAACACGCGGUGAAUAAGUUUUGCAAGUUAUUUAAAAAGCUUUGUAUUACUUUUAGAGUCCGUCUUGCUGCAACUACCGGUAUUACAAAUGUCUUUUUCUGUAUGUAAUUGUUUAGGUACCAUAUCUGUUUGAAUGUUAGCAGCUUGAACAUUUGUGAAGACUUAAGAUAUGGGAAUUAGCGUUUGAAAUCGUGUACAUCACGAUUGUGCAUCACGGAAUUGGUAUUUUGUUCGGCUGAAGGUCUGAUAAUGGUGCUAAGCGAUUGCUACUUUUGCUCUCUUUCUCAUAUGGCAUCGUGCAAUUAAUUACGCAAUAGUCACGUUUUGAUUAUGAAUAAUGCUGCAAGUCACUGGCUGUGGGGAUGUGUUUUUACUGUUGAUAUACAAUACGAGAAGCUGAGAGGUCAAUAUAUAUAUCAUUGUAAGCAUUUGUUGAUAACUGCGCAUACUGUGUCUCGGUGCCUUUCUUUCCGGCCACUGAUGAAUUUGUUGACUUUUUAUGCCAUUUUUCUGUAUUUUCCUGAAAUUUUUUGCCAACAUUAUAUAUUUAUACUCGGGCUGGUUGAGUGUUGAAAAUUAUGUCGGCUUGUGCUUCCCGAAUUAUGCAAGUAUCCUGGAUGCUGUCUGGGUAGAA